UCUUUCAGUUCAUCCUACCCUCCCCGUCUUCAUAGUAGAGGCCAUAUAUAUAAGGCCUCGAGCACUUCGUUCGUCGCCAGGUUUCAGUCCUGACAUACGCGCUAAGUGUCUCUGAAUAUUGCCAAUGUGACAAAGUCGUUUUGAGAGGCCAUGUUUUGUUUUGCGGUUUUUGUUGUUCUAUUGGCAGGCUCUCUUCAUUGGUCAGAAGCAAAUGCUCGUACGCUGCUUAUCGUGCAAGGCAAGGCUGAUCCAUCAGGCGCUAGAAAAAACCAUGGAAAUCAAGAAGACCAACGACAAUUUUUUAAACGAGAUACUACAGCGUCUAAUGAAGAUCGAGCGAAGAAAUUGGCCCAAACUCUGGAAAAACUUAGCGAGGAACAAAAUUCUGUCGGUGAACGAGUGCCACUUGAUCGGUUCCUACGUUUCAGGUCUAUAAAUGCAACCACGUUGAAGCCACGCUUUUACAAGGUAGUUCCCGGGUUGGCCGAACGUUUCGAGCAGGUUGGAGAAUGGCUGGCCGACGCUCACGCUAAAGAGACGCUCGCCUAUAGAACGCUCAAGCGAAUUUUUGAGAGUCAACAAGCUCAGAUCAAAGCAAUUAAUCAGCGCCAGUAUUUGAGGGAUUCGGGUGACCUCACUAUACCAGACUUCUAUAAUAGCGCACGUAAAAACGCACAAGAAAUCGCUUUGGUUGAGGAAGAAGGAGAAAAGAUUGAUGAGAACAGAAAUGAAGAUGAUGCCGAUGACAGCAAAAAAGGUUCAGUGCUUCCUACUUGGGCCAAAUCGGAAAUUGUCACAUGAAAAAUGCCAGUCUUCACCAAACGGUAUGGCACUGACGUGGUCGCUCCAACUAAACACGAGUUAAACUGCGGUCUAAGCCCAAAACUGGGUGUAGACACACGUUUUCUGACGGAAUGAGCCGCCAGCCGCCAAGAGCAAUGCUUAACUAAAAUUGAACGUAAAACCGGGCGUGUGACAUUUUUUCAGAUUCAGGAUGCUAACAUACUAAGAUGUGGCACCACGAUUUAAAUAGAGUAUUACCGCAUAGUGUUAAUGCAUUGGCAUCAUUGCCCGAUCCUAAUUAGGUUAAUUAUCUACGAAUUCUCAAUAAGUGCAAUAACUCUGGUCGAGUAAAUUGAGUCGCGAGAUCAUUCGGGUCGAAAGCCGUAACACGAGUGUUAAGCCGACUUGAUUUUAUCUAAGCAACGACUUUUUUUUUAAAUAAAAUUUGCAUAUAUAUAUAUAUAUAUAUAUAUAUAUAUAUAUAUAUAUAUAUAUGUUGCAAGUUGCAAAAGCAUCCUAUAUCAAAAUAAUAGGUACGAAUAUGUAGAACACUGUUGAUUAUGGCAAGAAUUACAUGAAUGAUUGUUAUCCGACGAAAACGAAAUUUUAUUUUUGAAUUUGACACGUUUGAUAAAGUUUUCCCUAACUUCCGGAAUAAUUUUUUGCCAUCUUUUUUGUUGCCAAAAUCAUUGAAGCCAAAAAGAAUAUCUAACGAUCCGUAUAACGCAGUUUUUGAGCCAAUAACAGGGAAAACUAGAAAUGUUUUAGGUAUACAUAAAUAGUUACGACACUAAAGAUGCAAUGUUGGAAAUAUAUAAUAAACGGUGCUAAAAAAUACAAACUUAUUUUUUGUUGCAAAAGUGCUAUAUUUCUAAUUUUACUGCGGCUUGAAACACGUAGCUGCCGUUUGUUUAAAUAUUGGUAAAAGCCCUUUACCUUCUAAUGGAUCAAUUCGCAUACGUUAGUCAAAAUCACCACCUGUAACAUAUGUUACAAGAGAGUUGUGAUUAAAUAAAU